AUGUCUAACUCGGCUUCCGACUUUAAGAUAAUAUCCACUUCUUCGGCCGGUAUGCCUACACAAACGUCUAAUUCAAACGUCGACCCCAACAGUGGAUAUGCAUCCAAUGACAACCAUUUAGCGGGCCUGGUGGAAGCAGCGACUGCCGCGGCAGACCACGAUGUCAACGAAUGGGCAGCAGUGGCGCAGGCGGCUGCCACCGCAGACGCAGCAUCGAAUCAAUUAGACGGAUACAGCGCAGAUAUGCAUCUCGGAGAUGACACCUUUAGUGAUGCACACUUUGGCUCCGGGAUGGGAGGAGGAAGGCAUUUACGAGUGCCGAAUGAUCACUCGCAAUCGUCCGGUCUCAGUCGCACUGUCUCUAAGAAGAGGAAGCGAAAUGACGACAAUCUAGAUCCCCAACUAGCCGGAGCGGGUCUCGCACAGCAACACUAUCAACCUCAACCUACCCAACAUGGACACUCCAGUGACAGCAUGAAUAUUCGAUCCGUGCCCCCGCAGUCCCUGUCCGAGGCGCGCGCAGUCGGUGUGCAUUCCGCUGCUGCGCUUUUCCGCCAACCAUCGACCAACAAAAAGCAGACGCGACCUCCAAUGUCGAAGCUCUUUUCGUCACUUGAACUAUCUCCAGAAAACUUCCUUCAUCUUCAAGCCGCAGCCAAGUCCUACAUGCUGAAUGAUGAUCACCCAGAGCGGCGCGACUGCGUUGGCCAAAGAGGAAAAGGUGAUACCGAAAUGGUUAAAUUGCGCCUAUGGAAUUGCGCAAGGACCUUUUUGGAUAGCGAGGGUAACGGAGAUCGACUCUUUGGGGAAAAUGUUGUCAAUGAGGGCAUGGGUCCGAGAACAUACAUCUGGCCACGCGAUUCUCAAAAGAUCAUCUCAUUAGUCAUUCCUUUAUUGAGAAGAAUGGUGACGAAUGAACGACAACGCCAGUAUGCCAUUGAAACCCGCAAAGGAGGUGGCCCCGAUGAACGACAUCGUCGGAAGACGGAUGAAAGCUUCGCUGAGAUGGGCGGUCCACGAUAUUCUCCCGAGCAGCAGCUUCAGAUGCACGGCCAGAAUCACCGCACAGAGAGCUUGAGUCAAUCCAUGCCUCCGCCUCCCUCGAUCUCAGCUCCGCAGCCUCCUCCCAUGGACCCUGGUCAGCCUGUCGAAAUUGGACUGACUGAUCUCUUGCUGGACGGGUAUACCGUCGACUGGAAUGAAAUUGCCAGAACUUAUGACAUGUACAAUCAAGACUACGAGCUGGAUAGUCUCUGGUCUGUUUCCGGCCUCCAACAGCCCGAUUGGCGUGGAUUGGUUGCUGCGGUUGAUAGCCAUUACUAUGUCGUUCACAAUGGUCAUAGCGAGUGUUCGUCCGAGUGCGAGGACGGAAACAUCAACCGUAUCAUUCACUCAAAUACUGCAUCAGAUCUAUCCUGGCGGAUUGGUGGAGGUCGCAGUCUGCCAGCCCGAGAUGAGUUUGCAAGCAGUAUUACACGCGAUGUGUCGAGAAUCAUACGAGAGAACAUUGCCUCUCGAGAAGGCACCCACAACCCUCCGCAAGGUCAAGACCAUCAUUUCCCCUCAUGCACUCAGCCAACUACAAACACUUCACCCGCCCCUACACAUAACCCUUGUACGCAAAAUCAAACAUACCUCCGAAUCAACAUAGUCCAGGAAGGAAAGCGUAUCUUACCUCGCCUCGACCUUCCCGCCGGCCAAUGUCCAGACGUCGAAACGGUCAAACAUGCAAUUCUCCGCCGCUACCCGAAUCUCAAUGGAUCGGCCAGCAUUGAUCAUAAUACCCAACAAGCGCGAGAGACGCUUGCUUCGUGGAAAGUCAAAGCCUGGCUACCGCAGGGUAUCGUCCCUGUCCAAGCUGAUAAAGAGUGGACCAUCGCUCUUCUCACAGCCGAGACCACUGAAUGGAUGGACGGUGACUUGAAGGUCUUGGUCGAAAUCGAGGGAAAUACCCAGCACUAG